AUGGCCGGCAUGUUCGGCGACAAGGCCGCGCACUCGGAGAAGACGACCGCCGAGGCCUCCGCCGCGGCCAUGGCCGCCUCCGCCACCGCGGCGACCACUUCAGUGUCUGCAGCGUCCACUGAGCUGGGCGCCGGCGCCACGUGCCUCGAGGUCGAGACGUGCCGCAUCGCGGCGGCGAGGCGGUGCGGCUCCUUCUUGGUCUGCCUGUGCGCGCGCAGUGACGCGGCGACCACCGUGCCGUCCCCGCGUCGGGCGCCAGCCUACGCGUCCGCCACGCUCUGCUUCGCCGCGAGCAGCGCCGACUCGAAUGUGCCGUACGUGUCCGCGAGCACGAGGAGGCCGUCGAGGACCUGGUCGUCGUUGGCGUCGAUGUCGUGGAGAGCCAUCGCGGCCCGCGGCAUGGCCAGCAGGUCGCCGAGCACGGCCAGGACAGCGUCCAGGAGCGCGAGGCCGUGGCCGGAGGAGGAGGAGGCUCCGCCAGCGCCGCACCACACCCUAAGCGUGCGGACGGUGCCGUGGAGGCGCACGAGCGCGGGGUGGCAUGGCUCGCUCGCGGACCGCGCAUGUGCGGCCACGGUCGGCGCCGCGGCGACCUUCCUCGUUGGCGUCCAGGAGCGCGAGGCCGUGGCCAGAGGAGGAGGAGGCUCCGCCGGCGCCGCAGCAUGCCCUGAGUGCGCGGACGGUGUCGUGGAGGCGCGCGAGCUCCGGGAGGAGAUGGCUGAACAGAGCAAGAGGGGCUCGCAGCUGGAGAACGGCGAGCACGGCCACAACGGCAAGAAGGCGAGGGCUCAGGCCAUGCCCAACGGCGUGAUCAAGCGGGAGCAGCAAGAGAUAGACGAGGCAGCAGAGGAUGAAGAAGAGCAGGAGGAAGGAGAGGUUAGGCAGGGCAGCAGCGCGGAAGCCAUGGAGGAGGCGCAGAUCAAUUUGACGUUUGGGCUCACCUUGUUCCACUGCCGAUCUUGUCGCCUUCCCCUCAAGCCUCCAACGUUCAAGUGUGAGUACGGGCACGUGAUAUGCGGCACCUGCUGCAACAGCCACGAGCAGGUGUGCCGCGGCGCCGCCAUCUACUCACCGUGCGUGGAGGUGGACGCCUUCGUGCGCGACGCCAAGCAGCCCUGCGCGUACGAGGAGUUCGGGUGCAAGAGCUCCGUGGUGUACUUCGAGGCGGCGGACCACCAGCGCGCGUGCCAGUGGGCGCCCUGCUCGUGCCCGGACCCCGGCUGCGGCUUCUUCAGCGCGCCGGCGAGGCUGGCCGACCACUUCGCCGGCGCCCACUCCUGGCCCGUCACGGAGGUGAGCUACGGGAAGCCGCUCAGGGUCGCCCUUCCGCCGCCGCAGGGCUGGCACGUGCUGGUGGGCGAGGAGGGCCGGCGCGUGUUCCUGGUGUCCGCGUGCACGCUAGGCGCGGCCGCCGCGGUGUCGCUGGUGUGCGUGAGGGCCAACGGCGACGCGGCGGUGGGGGCGCCCCAGUUCAGGUGCAAGCUCUGGGCGGAGGCCGCCAGCAGCAAGGAGAGCGUGGCAAUGAUGAUGUCCAUGGUGCGGAGCAGCAGCAUGUCCGGCGCCGGUGCGUUCUCGGCCGCCGACCAGGCCAUGUUCCUUGCGAUGCCACCGGAGAUCCUGGACGACGUGUCCGGCGAGGCGCCCGUCCUCAUGGUUCGCAUCGACAGAGCAGGCGCUGCUGCCAAGUCGACCACGGCACCGAGGAGCUCUGGCUCUAGGAGGCUGCUGACCUGCACUGAUGGCUGA